UGUAUAGCUGCCUCAUAAUAUUCAUGGUAUGCAUUGUACUAGAUGUGGCCAGUUUCUCGCCUUUGUUACGUAGUCAACCAUGAGCGAGGCGUCCAGUAUUUUAUAUUAUAGAAACUUCAUUAGGUCAGAUAGGCUUUCUUGGCCGACGUUGUUUGUUGCCGACGCUUUCAAGCAAUGCUGCUGCCAAGGCCAUCGCUGCGUUGGAGGAGUACACGAAAGCAAAAAACUUCGAAUGCGUGUAGCUAUUAUAUGCUGUUUGUCUCAAACCGCUUCAGAGGAGGGAAACAGCGCUCCAUUUCAAAUACUGGAAUGAAAACGCUCCGAUGGGCGCCAGCCAGAGUGCUCUCUUCAAGCUUGCAAUAUAGAUUUGAUGGCCAUCAACCAAGCUGUCGACUAGAAUGCAGUCGGCGGUACAUCCGACCCAGCAAGGGAAGCAAAUUGAGCAGCAGCAAACCAGGCGGCGCCAGCCAAUGCUCUGACCUAGUAGAACCCCCCACUCGGAGGAAAGUGUGCCAGCAUUGCAACCCUUGGUGAUGGAUGCACGUUGGGCAGACCUGCCUCAUGCCGCUGGGCCCCUGGAAGGCACCAAACAGGGCGGCGCCGGCCACCGUUCUGACCUAAUAGGAUCCCCCACUUGGAGGCACCAAGCAGGGCGGCGCCGGCCACCGUUCUGACCUAAUAGGAUCCCCCACUUGAAGAUCCUCGCUCCUUCCACGCCCGCUGACCUGCCGCAUGCCGCUGGGCCCCUGGAAGGCACCAAGCAGGGCGGCGCCGGCCACUGUUCCGACCUAAUAGGAUCCCCCACUUGGAGAUCCUCGCUCCUUCCACGCCCGCUGACCUGCCGCAUGCCGCUGGGCCCCUGGAAGGCACCAAGCAGGGCGGCGCCGGCCACUGUUCUGACCUAAUAGGAUCCCCCACUUGGAGACCUGCCUCAUGCCGCUGGGCCCCUGGAAGGCACCAAGCAGGGCGGCGCCGGCCACUGUUCUGACCUAAUAGGAUCCCCCACUUGGAGGUAAGCAUGCUAGCGUUGCAACACAUGGUGGUGGAUGCACGUUGGGCGGUGCGGCGACGCUCGCCCUUGCAUGCCAUGAAGGAUCGCUCUGUGUAUGCUGCUUUAACUUCCUUAACAGCACGUCUCUUGCUUGGAUUCACGCUCCUUCAAGCGCACAGGUACCAUGCAACAUGUACGGCGGUGUUCGUUCCUCCUGCCCGUUACCCGUGGCGUUGCAUGCAUCUGCGCCGCUGUGUUGGCCCCCAUACCGGCCGCUUCCUCCAUCACCCACCUCCACCACUCAUGAACUCGCAGCUUCCUCUCCCGCCCGCCUCCUCCACCCGCCUCCCUCACCCGCCUCCCUCACCCACCUCCUGUCUAGAUUCCUCUCCUUACAUCUCCUCGCUCCUUUCCACGCCCGCUGACCUGCCGCAUGCCGCUGGGCCCCUGGAAGGCACCAAGCAGGGCGGCGCCGGCCACUGUUCUGACCUAAUAGGAUCCCCCACUUGGAGAUUCUCGCUCCUUCCACGCCCGCUGACCUGCCGCAUGCCGCUGGGCCCCUGCUGGAAGGCACCAAGCAGGGCGGCGCCAGCCACUGUUCUGACCUAAUAGGAUCCCCCACUUGGAGAUUCUCGCUCCUUCCACGCCCGCUGACCUGCCUCAUGCCGCUGGGCCCCUGGAAGGCACCAAGCAGGGCGGCGCCGGCCACCGUUCUGACCUAAUAGGAUCCCCCACUUGGAGGUAAGCAUGCUAGCGUUGCAACACAUGGUGGUGGAUGCACGUUGGGCGGUGCGGCGACGCUCACCCUUGCAUGCCAUGAAGGAUCGCUCUGUGUAUGCUGCUUUAACUUCCUUAACAGCACGUCUCUUGCUUGGAUUCACGCUCCUUCAAGCGCACAGGUACCAUGCAACAUGUACGGCGGUGUUCGUUCCUCCUGCCCGUUUCCCGUGGCGUUGCAUGCAUCUGCGCCGCUGUGUUGGCCCCCAUACCGGCCGCUUCCUCCAUCACCCACCUCCACCACUCAUGAACUCGCAGCUUCCUCUCCCGCCCGCCUCCUCCACCCGCCUCCCUCACCCGCCUCCCUCACCCACCUCCUGUCUAGAUUCCUCUCCUUACAUCUCCUCGCUCCUUUCCACGCCCGCUGACCUGCCGCAUGCCGCUGGGCCCCUUGAAGGCACCAAGCAGGGCGGCGCCGGCCACUGUUCUGACCUAAUAGGAUCCCCCACUUGGAGGUAAGCGUGCCAGCGUUGCAACCCUUGGUAAUGGAUGCACGUUGGGCGGUGCGGCGACGCUCGCCCUUGCAUGCCAUGAAGGAUCGCUCUGUGUAUGCUGCUUUAACUUCCUUAACAGCACGUCUCUUGCUUGGAUUCACGCUCCUUCAAGCGCACAGGAACCACUCAGCAUGUACGGCGGUGUUCGUUCCUCCUGCCCGUUACCCGUGGCGUUGCAUGCAUCUGCGCCGCUGUGUUGGCCCCCAUACCGGCUGCUUCCUCCAUCACCCACCUCCACCACUCAUGAACUCGCACGCAGCUUUCUCCCCCGCCCGCCUCCUCCACCCGCCUCCUCCACCCGCCUCCCUCACCCGCCUCCCUCACCCACCUCCUGUCUAGAUUCCUCUCCUUACAUCUCCUCGCUCCUUUCCACGCCCGCUGACCUGCCGCAUGCCGCUGGGCCCCUUGAAGGCACCAAGCAGGGCGGCGCCGGCCACUGUUCUGACCUAAUAGGAUCCCCCACUUGGAGGUAAGCGUGCCAGCGUUGCAACCCUUGGUAAUGGAUGCACGUUGGGCGGUGCGGCGACGCUCGCCCUUGCAUGCCAUGGAGGAUCGCUCUGUGUUUGCGGCUUUAACUUCCUUAACAGCACGUCUCUUGCUUGGAUUCACGCUCCUUCAAGCGCACAGGAACCACUCAGCAUGUACGGCGGUGUUCGUUCCUCCUGCCCGUUACCCGUGGCGUUGCAUGCAUCUGCGCCGCUGUGUUGGCCCCCAUACCGGCCGCUUCCUCCAUCACCCACCUCCACCACUCAUGAACUCGCACGCAGCUUCCUCCCCCGCCCGCCUCCUCCACCCGCCUCCCUCACCCGCCUCCCCCACCCACCUCCUGUCUAGAUUCCUCUCCUUACAUCUCCUCGCUCCUUUCCACGCCCGCUGACCUGCCGCAUGCCGCUGGGCCCCUGGAAGGCACCAAGCAGGGCGGCGCCGGCCACCGUUCUGACCUAAUAGGAUCCCCCACUUGGAGAUUCUCGCUCCUUCCACGCCCGCUGACCUGCCGCAUGCCGCUGGGCCCCUGCUGGAAGGCACCAAGCAGGGCGGCGCCAGCCACUGUUCUGACCUAAUAGGAUCCCCCACUUGGAGACCUGCCUCAUGCCGCUGGGCCCCUGGAAGGCACCAAGCAGGGCGGCGCCGGCCACCGUUCUGACCUAAUAGGAUCCCCCACUUGGAGGUAAGCAUGCUAGCGUUGCAACACAUGGUGGUGGAUGCACGUUGGGCGGUGCGGCGACGCUCACCCUUGCAUGCCAUGAAGGAUCGCUCUGUGUAUGCUGCUUUAACUUCCUUAACAGCACGUCUCUUGCUUGGAUUCACGCUCCUUCAAGCGCACAGGUACCAUGCAACAUGUACGGCGGUGUUCGUUCCUCCUGCCCGUUACCCGUGGCGUUGCAUGCAUCUGCGCCGCUGUGUUGGCCCCCAUACCGGCCGCUUCCUCCAUCACCCACCUCCACCACUCAUGAACUCGCAGCUUCCUCUCCCGCCCGCCUCCUCCACCCGCCUCCCUCACCCGCCUCCCUCACCCACCUCCUGUCUAGAUUCCUCUCCUUACAUCUCCUCGCUCCUUUCCACGCCCGCUGACCUGCCGCAUGCCGCUGGGCCCCUUGAAGGCACCAAGCAGGGCGGCGCCGGCCACUGUUCUGACCUAAUAGGAUCCCCCACUUGGAGGUAAGCGUGCCAGCGUUGCAACCCUUGGUAAUGGAUGCACGUUGGGCGGUGCGGCGACGCUCGCCCUUGCAUGCCAUGAAGGAUCGCUCUGUGUAUGCUGCUUUAACUUCCUUAACAGCACGUCUCUUGCUUGGAUUCACGCUCCUUCAAGCGCACAGGAACCACUCAGCAUGUACGGCGGUGUUCGUUCCUCCUGCCCGUUACCCGUGGCGUUGCAUGCAUCUGCGCCGCUGUGUUGGCCCCCAUACCGGCUGCUUCCUCCAUCACCCACCUCCACCACUCAUGAACUCGCACGCAGCUUUCUCCCCCGCCCGCCUCCUCCACCCGCCUCCUCCACCCGCCUCCCUCACCCGCCUCCCUCACCCACCUCCUGUCUAGAUUCCUCUCCUUACAUCUCCUCGCUCCUUUCCACGCCCGCUGACCUGCCGCAUGCCGCUGGGCCCCUUGAAGGCACCAAGCAGGGCGGCGCCGGCCACUGUUCUGACCUAAUAGGAUCCCCCACUUGGAGGUAAGCGUGCCAGCGUUGCAACCCUUGGUAAUGGAUGCACGUUGGGCGGUGCGGCGACGCUCGCCCUUGCAUGCCAUGAAGGAUCGCUCUGUGUUUGCGGCUUUAACUUCCUUAACAGCACGUCUCUUGCUUGGAUUCACGCUCCUUCAAGCGCACAGGAACCACUCAGCAUGUACGGCGGUGUUCGUUCCUCCUGCCCGUUACCCGUGGCGUUGCAUGCAUCUGCGCCGCUGUGUUGGCCCCCAUACCGGCCGCUUCCUCCAUCACCCACCUCCACCACUCAUGAACUCGCACGCAGCUUCCUUCCCCGCCCGCCUCCUCCACCCGCCUCCCUCACCCGCCUCCCCCACCCGCCUCCCUCACCCACCUCCUGUCCGGAUUCUUCUCUCUUACAUCUCCUCGCUCCUUCCACGCCCGCAGACCUGCCUCAUGCCAGACGCCUAAAAGGGCGGCGCCGGCCACCGUUCUGACCUAAUAGGAUCCCCCGCUUGGAGGUAAGCGUGCCAGCAUCGCAACCCAUGGUGGUGGAUGCAUGCUGGGCGGUGCGGCGACACUCGCCCUUGCAUGCCAUGAAGAAUCGCUCUGUGUUUGCGGCUUUCACUUCCUUAACAGCACGUCUCUUGCUUGGAUUCACGCUCCUUCAAGCGCACAGGAACCAUGCAGCAUGUCCGUUGAUGUUCCUCCUUUUGGCAUUCAUGUGGCAACGUGUUCUUGACACACAUUCAUGACGUGAAUGUUACGUGCGGCAUACAUGUGAUGUCAUGUGAUUUUGGGGAGCAUUGUGGUGAUCUUGGCAGUGGGGUGCCUUGCCAAGGGGUACCACUUAGUAUUGCGGGGGCAUUGUGGUGGUAGACUGGACCUCUUGGCAGUGGGGUGCGUUGUCAAGGGGAGUAUUGUACAGACAGGAAGGGCAUUCAUGGAGGUGCAUACUGUAGCAUGCGGGAUACAACAGCCGUGUGGGGCACCUGUUUGCCCAAAGCUUGCGGUAUAGAUGGCGGCGGGCUAUGUCUGACAAGACAAGGCUGACAGGGUUGGAAACCGGCUAGUGCCAUAUGUUGAUGCCAUGUGUUUUGGUAUUGUAAACCCAGCAGCGCCA